UGGUUCCAGAUUGAGUGCGAAAUACAUCAAACCUAACGGUAUUUCAUCGGGUUUGAAUUUAAACCUAGUUUGCGUCGCCGCGCCUUCAUAUGGACCUUGUAUAACCUUAUCUUCUGGAACCUGGCUUAGCGCCUUGUUCUUAUUUUCUGGAUUGGACAUUCUUAUGGUGGAAGGCGGACAGUCAGCAUCCGUACGUACAUCCCGGCGUGUGAUCCUACUCCCACACGUCAUUAUCAUCGGAAUGCUAGGCAUCAAGGCCGGUGAGCAUUUGCCGGUCGGCACUCCGCCGUCAUCCCGAAUGGCCCUACUGAUUGCGUGUAUCGUUAUGAGUAUCCUGGGUGCGGUAGGCUCAGUUGUGUUAACUGCGCUGUCGGUUGUUACUCUGGGACCAUCAGUGCAGUUCGGUCUGCAUAUCGUCAUGUUUCUGGCUAACCUGGGACAGUCGACCGUGGCGGGGAUCAAUCUAUGCAAGUUGACCACGACACUGAAGGUAGCGCAACAGAUCAUUGUCCGUCCAACAGGCACUUCUCCCGGAGCGCAGGCACCAUUCUGCAGUCAAGCCGGACAGCCGGUGUAUGUUGUACUGGCGCCAUCAGCUGGACCAACAGCGCCUAUUUAUACACAACAGCAGGAAACCGAUGUGGGACCACUUCCCAUCAAGCAAAACAACGUGACCCAGAAGGUUUAAUGAUACUAGUAUAUAUAUUGUGGUGGCCGCAUUGGCAUUAAUAUUGGUCCAUUUUGUGUAGACAAGAUGUAAACAACUUAAUUAGCAGCUACACGAGUAGCUGUUCAUGUUAGACUUUGUAUCGUCGUUUGUUUCCUUCUGCUGCUUAUUCGACAA